AUGGACCGUGAGCUUCAGAAGGUUAAAGGUGCCAUCCGGGAACAAGUGGAGGAAUUGAAAAGAGCUCAAGAAGCAACAAACAAAAUCGCAAGUGCGGUGGAAAGAUUGGCUAGCCAGGACGAAUUGGUUAUGGGACGUAAACGCAAUGUGGUUAUAAAGGGCAUUACUGAGCCAUUCUGCAGAGCUAUUCACCAAAGAGCACGGGAACUCUGGCAACCAUUGGUUGAUCUAAUG